AUGGUGCGUUCGCGGCCCGUGACCAACCCUGUUCUGCAGACUUGGAGCACUUCGUUGCGCGAGUUUCCCAGCCCUGCCUACUUUCCAGCUCCCUACCGGGCGUUCACGAUGGUUCCGAAGAAGUCUCUGGCUGCGAUUCCGAUCCAAUCCAGUGCAGCCGAAGAAGAGGCGCGCCAGGCACGGCCGUCCGCCAGCUCCCUCGCACCGAGCCUCGGCAAUCCCCCCGAGCUGCCCCUCGCCCGUGGCCGGGCGGCGCCUCCGAGGGAAGCCGCUGCCAGGACGCAGUGCGUGGCGGCCGACGAGGCGUUCAAGAGGAGGACCCGCAUGGAGACGGUCUGGUUAUCAGCCAGGGCUGCGUCGUGGAGGACGACACAUCGACGCCAACUGGCUGACCGGAUGCCAAGACCCCAGGGCUCGUACACCCCGGCCCGCUGCCGAAGCAGUGGCGGACGACGCGGCGGCUCAACGAAUCGUCGUCACCCCGCGCUCCCGCCGGAACUGCGAGAAUUCGGCGCACCUGGGGCCUCACGUCGGAACCUUCCAGCGGGACUUCGCGUGGGCGCCGCCGGCUCCCGAGCCCGUGACGCCCCCCGAGGCUGUGGCUCACCGCCGGAACCUCGACUGCUCGGCGCUCCUGGGCCGCCUCGCGGGCGCUCCGCCGGAGGCAGCAUUACCAGGCCCGUCGCCGAGCGCGCAGGCCGCCGCGAGGGCGAGCCUGACGCCUCGCCUGGCGGAGGGCUGCGUGCCCGCCGCCAUGCCCACCGCGGCCCUCCACCGGCUCCGCGGGGCCCGGGCGAAGGCGGAGCUGGCGGCGAGGCUGGGGCAGCCGGGCCGGGACCUGACGACGUACCAGGCCCAGACGCAGGCCGCGGCAGCGUGGGGCGCCGGCCGCUGAGCCACGCUCGCGGCCGCUUCCCAGAUGCCGUCUUCUUGUUGGCAUGCUCGGCGUAUGUCUUCCCACACGUUUCACCGUGGCGCGCCUUCGUGAGGCUCGCGGAGAGCACAUGCCAGUCGCCCUUCUCUGCAGUGCCCCAUCCACGUUCUCGCAGCCGCGCCGCGUCUCGCUUGUCUCGCCGAGCCUGGCGGCGGCAGCCAGCGGCGAACAGCGUCGCUGAGAACAGGGACAUGCCCGACGUACGACCGGCGCCCAGAGUCAGCCGAGACUGCGACGAGCGGGGUGCCAAAGGCACGCCGCCGUGCCAGUUGUCUACCAUACGGGCGGUGCCAGCAUCACGUGCCAUAGGAUGA